AUGGAGGCCGAGCCAGUAAAAGCCUCCGAGGAACCCUCUGAGCCGUCCAAGACAGAUCUCAGUGCAGAGGAGAGUAAGAAGGCGGCAGUCCUAAUUCAGAAAACCUACAGAGGUCACCGUGCGCGUCGCCAACUUAAUGGGUUUGGCUUGGAUGCCUCUACGCGGUGGUAUGAGGCGGUGCGAGACGCCCAAUUCAAAGCACACACGUCCCCGCAACCGCCGUCCUCUUCUCUCCAUGACACAGACACGGCCCAGGGCACCACAUCUCCCGCGAUGUUAAAAUGGAGUCGAGCCGCCGAGGUUGCUCGCAGGGCUGGCGCCGACGAUCGUUCCCCCUCCGUCUCUGACUUCUCCGAUGAAGAUACUCCAAGCACCGUGGGCUCACUCGCCGAUAUGACCCAAGAAGAGAGGGAAGCGGCCAGAAGGAAACGAGCCGAGGCCAAUGCCAUGAGGAAGAAGACUGCCAAGAUGAUGGAUUUACAAUAUUUCCUUGAGAUGGUCGACCAAAAACAUCGUUAUGGGAGUAAUCUGCGAAAAUAUCAUGCAUAUUGGAAGACACAGGACACCGAUCAAAACUUCUUUUACUGGCUCGACCAAGGCGAUGGCAAGAAUGUGGACCUCCCAGAGUGUAGCCGGGCACGGCUUGACAAGGAGCAAGUGCGAUAUCUGUCACGCGAAGAACGUCUGAAUUAUCUCGUCAAGGUCAAUGAAAAAGGGUUGCUUGUCUGGGCCAAGAAUGGUGAACUUGUUUGGACCAAGGAUGAACUUUUCAAAGACAGCGUCAAUGGGAUCGUCCCCAUAGAUGACUCGGCGCCGAAAUGGAGGUAUAACGUGCCACCGCCAGGUACGAGUGACUCCGAGAGCAGCUCUUCGGAUGAAUCAGAGGAUGAAGACGAAAAUACGGCGGGUGAUGAAGGGGAAAGAUACGUCAACGAGGAAUUCCAUCGAGCCAGAGGGUUGUCCAAGGUCAAGCAUGUCAGUGCGGCAGUGUUGUUCAACCACAUGAUCAGAACAAGCCUGAAGAAAGGACAUAAGUGGAUAUUCGUCUGCGAUACUUCGUUUCGACUGUACAUUGGGUACAAGCAGUCAGGGGCGUUCCAGCAUUCAUCAUUCUUACACGGUGCACGUAUCCUGGCGGCAGGGUUGAUCAAAGUCAAACAUGGGCAAUUGAGACGGCUGUCGCCCUUGAGCGGGCAUUAUCGGCCACCGGCGGCGAAUUUUCGAGCCUUUGUGCACAGCCUCCGAGAUGAAGGUGUCGACAUGUCGCAUGUAUCCAUCUCCCGCAGCUAUGCAGUCUUGGUCGGUCUAGAGAGUUACACCAAAACUCGCAAACGCAUCAAGGCAGUCAGCGAGAGCGUCGUGCAUGAGAAGGAUAAGUUGCUCAAUCCAGAGAAAGUCAAGAUGGAAGAAGAGGCGAAGCGGGACAAGUCUCAGAGCGCGGAGAAGGAGAGGCUGUACCUGGAGCGGCAACGCAAGGCUCAGGAACGGGAAGCGCGCGAACGUCGCAAGGCCAAGCGUAGCUUUACGGGAAGACUCUCCAGCGCUUUGGGGAAGCUUGGACUGCGCAAAGACAGUAGCGAUGAUGGUCCAGCGGAUGAGCAACUGUCAAAACGGAUACCAGGGACAGGGCCGGAAGAUGGCGUACCUCCACCAGAAGGCCACCGCUGA